UUUGGGGUGGGUUCGGGGAAGCGGCGAGGCCGGGGGUCCUGUCCUCCACCCCGAACCGGAAGGCGCCGGCCCCGAGGAACGCACAGAGGAGCGUGGCCGGGCCUGGAGCCGCCCCUGCACCGCCGCGGCUGGGCCGUGGCGUCGGGGCUGCGGGGGCGUCUCAGCGGCCGGGGUGGGGUCGUGACGAGGGUCGUGUGUUGUGAUGGAGUCCGUGCCAGGCGGCCAGAGUCCUGUUGCCCGGCCCAGGGUCACGGUGCUGGGGCCCUGAGUGUGUUCUCUAGCGCUGGGAGGAUGGCUGAGGGUGGUUUUGUCUCAAGGGCCCUGAUGAGGGUCACUCAUUAAGACACAAAUAGUUAUUGAGCGCCCACCAGUUGCCAAAUACUGUUCUCGGUGCCCGGGUGACAGCAGAGAGCAAAGUGGGCCGACCCUGCCCCGAGGGGCUUCCAUUCUUAUGGAUGCGGGGCGGGGGCAGGAGCCAGGAGGCGUAAACAUUAAGUAUGAUAAACAGGCGCAGUGUGCCUAUAAAUGUUGGACAGCUGGCACUUUAGGGCAAAAAGUCCUGCUCUGUAGCUUUUUUCAUGCUGAUUCCUGGGUGUAAAUACUCCCACCGUGGCUGAUGGGAGCUGCCAGCAUGACAUCAACUUGCUAAGUCAGCUCUCAUGAGCUCCAGCCCAUCACUGCGCUGGGGACAAAUGCUACACUAUAUUAGUGGGUGAUAAAUGCUGUGGGAAAAAGAAAAAGAUGGAAGAGGGAUUGGCAGUGUGGACAUGGGGCAAGUUGUAGGAUGAAGUUGGGUGGGCAGAUGCGGAGGUUUGAGCAAAGACUUGGGGGAAGUGAAGAGAAUUAGGAAGCAUCUGUGUGGGAAGGAGUGUACCAGGUAGAAGGUACAGUGAGUGCAAAGGCCCUGCAGCUGGGAGGCCAGAGGGGUGGCCCUGGAGGGAUGGAUAAAGCCAGAGAGGGGAGAAAGGACCUGGUCGUGGUCGGGUAGGACUUUGUGGGCUCCAGGAGAGCCUGCUGAGACGCUCUCCAGCACCCCCCCCCCCAUUCGAGCCCUUCCUUCCUCUGGACCUUGUGUGCUCAUCCUCAUAAUGGGGACUCGGGCGGGCAUGCAGCGGGGUACCCAGCAGAACAGGAGAGCUGCUGCCUCCCUGCUUGGCCUGGUCCCACGUGGAGAGCCGCUGCCGGCUCUUUCCCGGAUGGAGGCAGGAGGGAAGCUGGCAGGUUCUCUGAGUCCUGAUCCCUGGAAGAACAAGUCUUCCUUGUUAGCACCCCCGCCCCCGGAACAAAGGGGCAGGCGGCCACCGAGGCACGGUAUUUGUGAGCCUGCUUUAGACCGGUGAUGUGCUGGACCCCAGGACAGGACAUGCACAGCCUCCGCCUCUUCUUCUGCGCAUGUGCGUCAGGAGGGAGCAGGGCAGAAUCGGACAGUAAACAACUAAGGAAAGCAACUGGAGCCCUCUUCUCAGUUGAGGUCAACUUCCUUCAGGAGACUCAGGUCAAAGCCAUUCUUGACACCUCCCUUUCUCUUAAUACUGACCACUGCUUCAAACCCUCCAGGGCUCCCACCUCCCUCGGGGUAAAAGCCAAGGUGCCUCUGAACCCACAGGGCCCAUAGAUAACCAACAACCCACCCUGUCAGCUGGCUGACCAGGUGUCUCUGUGCAUGUCCCACGGAGUCCCAAGCCCACAGUCCCAAGACUGAACUCAUGGUCUUGUAAACGCUGCCCCUUCUGCCUCUGCUGCCUCCCAGGUACCUGCAGCUCCAUUCUUUGAGGUGAGCAGACCAAAUCCUGGAGGCUCGUGGCUCCCUCCCUGCCUACAUCAAAUCUGCCUGCAAACCCUGUUGGUUCUAGUUUUAAAGUAGACCCAGGGCUUCCCUGGUGGCACAGCGGUUAAGAAUCUGCCUGCCAAUGCAGGGGACACGGAUUCGAGCCCUGGUCUGGGAAGAUCCCACAUGCUGUGGAGCAACUAAGCCCGUGCACCACAACUAUUGAAGCCCGCGCGCCUAGAGCCCGUGCUCUGCAACAAGAGAAGCCACCGCAAUGAGAAGCCCGACCACCGCAACAAAGAGUAGCUCCCACUCGCUGCAACGAGGACCCAAGGCGGCCACACACACACACACAAAAGUAGACCCAGAACUCACCUGCUUCUCGCUCCCUCCUGCUCCAUCCCAGCUAAGCUGGCCCCACAGUUCCUCGGCCCGCAAUUCCCCACUAUCCUCCCUGACAACCCCCAUCCCUCCCCCGCAUCUCCCCCACCCCACCCCUCCCAGACCCCCGCAGUCCCCUCCGCCCCGGCUCCCGGUGCCGCCCACGGCCUGUUCUCCCCGAAGCCGCCAGAGGGCGCCUGUGAGCAGCGAGCCCGCGUCCCUGCUCUGCCCGCCGCCCUGGGCGGGGGGGGGGGGUCCCGCGUCCCGCGUCCCGCGUCCCUCUGGGUGAGAGCCGAGCUCUCCGCGCCCCCGGGUCCUGCACCACCCGACCCACCCCGUCCCCUCCUGCCCUCACCUCCUUCCUCUCCCCCUCGCUCAUUCCGUUCCAACCGCCACGGGCCUCCCCGCGGUCCCUCCCACACGCCGGGCGCAAUGCUGUCCCAGGGCCUUUGUUCCGGCGGUGCCCCUGCCAGGUGGGCCCUCUCCCCAGGUCUCCCCUGCUCUCUCCUCCAGUGACACCUGCUCAGUGAGGCUUCCCCAGCUGCACUCCCCACACCUCCGGCCCCUCCUUGCUAUUUGCCGUUAACACCUGCAGACUUACUUGCCUGCCUCUCUCCAUAAAAAGGGGAGGAAAGGAGUUUAUGGUUUUUGUUCACCCCUGUUUCCCCAGUACCUGAAAGUGCCUGACGCACAGCUGAAUCCUGGUUGAAGCAGUAACUGUGAUAAGGGCUGAAACUGGUGGAGCGCCGGCUGUAUCCAGGCAUCGGCUCGGCUCUGCAGUCUUCCCCAGACACUGCCCGCACCUCGGCCUUGUGGCUGGGCCUGAGCCCUGCUCUCACGCCCAGCUAGGCUUCCUUCUACUAGUUCUGUGAUUUGCCCUCUGCUGCCCCUGUGUCAGUUCGGAUUAAAACACGGCUCUUUGCAUCUGCUUUGAGCUAACUGGCAUCUCAGCUCACCUGGUGGAGUGAAGAUUUCUGGGCUGGAGUUGCAGAGACAAGUGAGCCAGUAGUGGGGGGGCCGGUGGGCUGGGGUUGCCGAGUUCAGGCGGGGAGGGGGCUGGGCCUGGAGGUCCCCAGAGCACCCUUCCCAGCUCAGGAUGCUGGUCCAGUCUAUCCCUCCCACCCCGCACUCCGUGUUAGCCCCUGGUUCUUUCCUAGGGCACAGAGGGGAAAUGGAAUCUGAAUGUAGGGUCUCAUCUCUGGGGCUGUAACACAGAGAGGAAACAGUGGGGGCCGAAUCCUGACUGGAACCAGUGUCUCUAGCUGUCUUCACUCCAGGGCUGGCUGAUGGAGCCUGGGCUGGGGGCCCCAGGCAUGGGGAGGGCUGGGGUCCUUCCUCUGCCUGCCCUGGGCCCCAGAGGCUGACCUCAGUGGGGUGUCCCCGGGCUCCUGCAAGUCUGGCCAGUGUGGGUCAAUGGGAGGCGCUAACAGGCAGGAGAGGGAGGUGGGUUAUUUAUCCCCCAUCUCCCUCCUCAGCGCCCACUUCUGUCCAUGGCUCUGGAGUUUGUGAGCUUCUGGAAAGAAGCACGUAGCUUGUCCAGUGUUGGGGCCCACAGGUGACUGAGGAUGGAGCUGGCUGUGGGCUGAUCUGCAGAACGUGCAUCCCAGGGGGACGGUGGGCAGGUAGAGUCCCAGAGGUCCCACCCAAGGAGCAGGAAGCCGGCUGAUGUGGCCACAGGGGUGUGGACCAGGGCUGAGUAGUAGGAGUCCGGGGCAGGUGGAAGUGGGGUUGAGACCGUGCGGGGCCUUGUGUGACAGGGAGGGCUUGGAUUUUAUCCUUAGGGCGACGGGAGUCCAGAGGAUUUCAGCACUUCCAGAAAGCUGAGCGGGAAUUAGAACCCGGGAGAAGCCCUUGACCCUAAGCUUUGCUCUAAAACCCGAGUCAAGGGUCCGUGCCUGUCGCUCUCCCUGCCGAGCGCCAUCUCCCCUCCUGUGACCACAGAGGGGUCAGCAUCAGUACCUCUUACGAGAUGCUGGGUUAAUUAAACACGAUGAUGCCGGCGCAGAAAGCGCCUCAGGUGCCUCUCAGCAAAGGGCCUUUUUCUGGCUUCACACGGACCGCGUUACCCCUGCCCGUCUUCCGUUCCCAGUGUUGGGAUUGGUUCACCUCGUUGGUUUCUUGAUCAGUCCAGCUGGAGCCUUAUCAAAUUUGUUGAUCCUUUCAGAGCCAGCUUUUUUGGUAGGGGGCUUUGUGAAUUCUUUCUACAGUUUUCUAGGUCAUUGGUUUUAAGAUCUUCUUUUCCAAUAUACGUUUUAUGACCUUUGACACAGACUAUGACUUUUUGAUUAAAAAGUUAAAAAAUUACAGAAUGCAUGAAAAAUACGUUGUGGAAUGAAUGGUAUGGUAUGUGAAUUGUAACUCAAUACAGCUGGUAACACAUGGCAGUGCUAAAGGGGCUGACAACACAACAACAAACCAGGAUGCCAGGAAGAGACAGGAAUGUGAAUUCUCUUCAGCCAGGUUUCCCCGAGCCCCGUCUUGGAGCCUGACACAGUGGUAGCCCUCGGUGCCGCCAAGGAAAUAAACUCUGCAUUAGGAUGGAGAAAAUCCCUGUUGGCUUCUGGAAGGCAGGGGCCUGUCCCGGAGGACCACGGCCGCCUCCUUGCCGUCCUAGCUCCUGCCCGGGGCCUCGGCACAGCCCUUCCCUAUCCUGAAAUGCUGUUCCCUCACCUUCUCACCUCAGUGACCUCUCAUCCUGCCCCUGCCCUGCUGUAUGUUUGCAGGACAUUUAACCUUCGAACAUAUGGUGUGCUCAUGUAUACAUUGAUCGCUUAUGUCCUCUCUCCCCUCGCGAAAACAUCAACUCCUCGUCUGCCUGUUUCCAUCAUGUCCCACCAACCCAAACAGAAACUAGUACACAGUAGGCGCCCAAUAAGUCCUUCCUGGAUGAAGGAAGGAGGGGAGGAAGCAGCUCCCAGAGUGGCGACCUUGGACCGUGCCUCAGUUUCCUUAGCUGUAGAAAUGGGGCCAGGCCGCCCAUGACCUCACCUGUCCCUCCUGCCACCAGGCUGUGGGUGUCCUGUUUGCAGCUCCGGCUCCCCAGGGCCUGCUCUGGCCUGGGCUGCCCAGCUCAGCUGGCUCCCGGGGGACUGGCUCUGCUGACACCGGAUUCUUUCCUGGACCAUCCAGCUACCUGGCCGACACUCGAUCCUGGCCCCACUUCCAGGCCAGUGACCGCUGGCCAGCCUGCUCGGGCCAGGGCCCCAGACUCCCUGCCGACAGACAAGGGGCCGUCUGUGCCGUCUGGAGGGUGUGGUUGCCCGGGGCUCUGCGAACCCCGCAGAAGCCGCCAGGAUCCGGGAAGGUGUCGGCACCUGUAGCCCAGAGCUGCGUGGCCAAGAAGCUGACACCAGGAGCCCCGGACCUGCCCCUGCCCACCAUGGGGACCCUCCCCUGCGACCCUGCUCCACGGCUGACUCCGGUGGCCCUGGGCCGGCGGACCACCGACUGCCAAAUCCCGGAGACUGGUCUGAGGAGGACCUGCGGGGUAGCCCCCUUGGAGAACGGCUCCGGGCCAGGCUUGUACGCCCUGCCGUCCACCGUCGGCUACAUCAACCACGACUGCACCAGGGUGGCUGGUCCUGCCUACUCGCUCUUCCGGAGGCCCAGCGAGGCAUCUCCACAGGAGACCAGCCCCGGGCCGGUCUACUUCCUGGACCCGAAAGUCACCCGUUUUGGCCGCAGCUGCACCCCUGCCUACUCCAUGCAGGGCCGGGGCAAGUCUCGGGAUCUGGAGGUGACGCCCGGCCCUGGGGCCUACAGCCCAGAGAAGGUGGCCCCCACGCGCCAGCGGACACCCCCAGCUUUCACCCUGGGCUCCCGCAUCCGCCCGCGGCCCCUGGACACCUCAGUCCCUGCCCCCAACACCUACACCCUGCCUUCCCUCUGGGGCUCCCAGAUCUUCACCAAGCCCAGCAGCCCAAGCUACACGGCAGCAGGCCGCACGCCCCCCGUCCGACCCCCGCAGGACCCCACUGAGAUACCGGGUCCAGGCCAGUAUGAUAGCCCGGACCCCAACGCCUACCGUCAGCGCCGGCCGGCCUUCACCAUGCUGGGGCGGCCCCGAGCCCCGCGCCCCCCGGAUGAGACGCCUGGCCCCGGCACCCACAGCCCCGAGCAGGUCACCAUGACCAAGGCCAGGGCCCCGGCAUUCACCAUGGGCAUCCGCCACUCCAGACGGGCCACCACCAUGGCCGUGGACACCGCACCCUGAUGCCCUUGGGGGACAGGACGCCUGGCCUGGGCUGAGCCUCAGUUUCCCAUGCUGUGAAGUGGGGUGUGGGCAGGUGGUGGGCAUGCCUAGAAGCCAGGGUGGGGGGAAGGUGCCUCCUUUCUUCCUGUUCUCUGAACCAUCUGAGGUCCUUCUAGGCCACCUGCUUUCUCCAGUCCCGGGGGGGCUGUGACCCCGUGGUCCCGACAGGGAGAGCCUCCUUCCAGCGUCCCAGUUUCUUCUCUCCGGGUCACACCAGGCCAGGUCAGGCCAGGCCAGGUGGAAAAAGGGACACUCUGGUCCUCUCGAGCUGUUGGCUGGAGGCACGGCUUCCUGUGUCCUAGAACUCAGUGUCUGCCCGCUAGGGCCUGGGUCCCCAGCACAGCUUGGGUUUCUGCCAAACUUGGGCUCAUUCCUGCUACUCAUGGAAGCACUGAAUUCAGCCCCGAAUCAGGCUGGAAACAGCCCUGCUGCCCCUUCACACCCUCUAGCUGCUUGCCAAUAAAUCCCCGUGGCACCAGGGAGUCCGGGGGCCCAACAC